AUGACGGGCUCCUGGUUCCAAAAGCAGUUCUCCCUGCCCGCCCGCUCGCGCGGCUCCUACCUCAUCACAGACGAGAUCGUCGGCGCCCUGCCCGAGCUGAAGAACUACAAGGUCGGCAUCCUGCACCUGUUUGUCCAGCACACGAGCUGCGCCCUCAGCCUCAACGAGAACUGGGACGACGACGUCCGCGCCGACAUGAGCGAUGCGCUGGACCGCAUCGCGCCCGAGGCUGGGCCCAAGGGUCAGGAGCUGUAUCGCCACAGCGCCGAGGGUCCUGAUGAUAUGCCGGCUCAUAUCAAGAGCGCUCUCGUUGGCGCGAGUGUUACUAUCCCGAUCAAGGAUGGCAAGUUGGCCACCGGAACAUGGCAAGGCAUCUGGUACCUGGAGUUCAGGGCCAGCAAGCACCAGCGCCGCCUCGUGGCCACCAUCCAGGGAGAGCCCAAGGCGUGA